GAUAUAAUUUAAGUCGAGUCACGUUAAGAGCAUUAAUUAAUUAGAUUUUACCUUAUUAUUAUAAUUAAAAAACAACAAAUAAUUUCAAAAAAAAAAAGAAAAAAGAAAAUCAAAACCCCCUCUCUUUCUUCACAGUCUCAGCUUUCUGUGUCCCUUGUGUCUUACUCCAUCUCUCUUCAUCAAACUUUCCUUACAUUGUUUCCAAAAUCCCAUUCUUUUUUUUAUUCAUAAAACAAUUUAAUUUCCUAAAAAAUCCCAUUCACAACUUCCUCUUUGCUUCAAUCCUUAUUUGCUUCAAUCUUUACAGCUUCAUUUCCUCAAAAUUUUCCCUUUGUUUCAAUCUUUGAAAUCCCAUUUCUUCAAAACCCCAUCGUUUUUCUUCUCAUUGUUUUGAAAUGAGUAAUUCCCAGCCAGCCAAGUCAACAAAGCCUUCAAAGGCUUUAACUUUACCUCCUCCUUCAAACCCUCCAAAACCCUCUUCACUUUCUUCUCAUCUUGCAAUGGUGGAACAAAAGCAAAGGAUUCUAACCUCACUUUCCAAGCUCUCUGACCGUGAUACUUACCAGAUUGCCGUUGAAGAUCUUGAAACGAUAAUCCAAUCUAUUUCCCAUGAAUCCCUUCCUAUGUUACUCAAUUGCCUUUUUGAUUCUUCCAACGAUCCAAAACCAGCUGUGAAAAAAGAAUCCUUAAGGUUACUGUCAGUGCUAUGUAAUUGCCACGGUGAAUUAGCAGUCUCCCAUUUGGCUAAAAUCGUUGCCCACAUUGUUAAAAGGCUGAAAGAUGCUGAUUCAGGUGUGAAAGAUGCUUGUCGCGAUUCGAUUGGGGCCCUUUCAGGGCAGUAUUUGAAAGGGGAGAAUGGGGGGACUGUGGUGGGAUUGUUUGUAAAGCCAUUGUUCGAAGCAAUGGGAGAACAGAAUAAAGGGGUGCAAUCUGGUGCGGCAACAUGUAUGGCUAAGAUGGUGGAAUGUGCUUCUGACCCUCCUUUGGCUGCUUUUCACAAGCUGUGUCCAAGGAUCUGCAAGCUGUUGAAUAACCAGAAUUUUUUGGCUAAGGCUUCCCUUUUGCCAGUAGUGGCGAGUUUGUCUCAGGUGGGAGCGAUUGCCCUGCAGAGCUUGGAACCUUUACUGCAAAGCAUCCAUGAAUGCCUUGGGAGCACAGACUGGGUGACUCGGAAGGCAGCUUCUGAUGCUUUAAGUGCCUUGGCACUACAUUCAAGCAACUUGAUUGCAGAUAGAGCAUCUUCAACGAUAACAUUACUGGAGGAUUGCCGAUUUGAUAGGAUAAAACCUGUGAGAGAUGCCAUGACAGAAGCAUUGCAAUUAUGGAAGAAGAUUGCAGGGAAAGGGGAUGCUGAAGCUGCAGAUUACCAGAAAGCCUCAUCUCGUGAUGGUGACAAUACUCAAACUACUGAAUCAUCACAAAAGAAUGGCUUGAAACACCCAAAUGCUGGUGGUAAAAAAAAUGACCCAUCAGCGAAGGAUUCAUCUAAUAAUCUUUCCCCUACUUCUGAUUCUGUUUCGAAAGGCAAAGGUGGAAGCAUUCCUGAAAAAGCAGUUGUAAUUUUAAAGAAGAAAGCACCUGCAUUAACGGACAAAGACUUAAAUCCUGAAUUCUUCCAGAAACUUGAAUCGAGGGGUUCUGGUGAUUUGCCAGUUGAAGUAGUUGUUCCUCGCAGAUACUGUAAUUCUUCAAACAUGAAGGGUGAGGAAGAAUCAGAACCGCAUGAUCCAGAUGCAAGAAGAAGAUUGAAUUGUCUAGGAAACAGCCAGACAGAUGACUUUCAUGCAUCUUCCAACUGCAAAGACCAUAACAUGGAGAGUGGAGCUGCUGAUGUGCGGGAUAAAUGGCCUGAAGAGAAGAUAAAUGGGAAAGACCUAAGAACAAGGGCAUUUGAGGCUGAUGGCACGAUAGAUGUAAAUCAAAGAGAGCAAUCUGGAAAUCGUUUGGGUUGCUCAAAGGUGGAUGGACAGUCUGAAGGGUCAUUCAUCAGCAACAAAGGAAAUUGGUUGGCUAUUCAGAGGCAGCUAUUGCAGCUUGAGAGACAACAAGCGAAUCUCAUGAACAUGUUGCAGGAUUUUAUGGGUGGUUCUCAUCAUAGCAGGGUAACUUUAGAAAACAGAGUUAGGGGUCUUGAGAGAAUUGUUGAAGACAUGGUUAGGGAUUUAUCAAUAUCUUCAGGCAGAAGCAGUAAUUUUAUGCCGGGGUUUGAGGGAUCGUCUAACAGACCUUUAGGGAAAUAUAAUGGCUUCUCUGACUAUAGUUCUAAGUUCAAUGGACGAAUCCCAUAUGGAGAGAGGUUUGCGCAAUCUGAUGGAACUGCUCCAGGCAGACGUGGAAGGGGACCUUCUUGGAGAUCUGAAAUUUCUGAUGAUUGGGAUUUCCCUGCAUUCGGUGCUUCCAGGAAUGAGCAAAUUGCAUCAAGAAGAGAUCCAGCUAGCAGCGGCCUGGAUGGUAGAUCACCCAAAUCAGAACAUGAGAGUGAUCAGGUUGGUGGCAGGAGGGCUUGGGAUAAAGGUCCCGGUCCUGUGAGGCUUGAUGAAGGGCCUUCUGCUAGAAGUGUCUGGCAAGCAUCAAAGGAUGAAGCUACCUUGGAAGCAAUUCGUGUAGCUGGUGAGGAUGGUGGAGCAUCGCGAACAGGACGUGCUCCUGAAUUGAUUGCUGAAGCUGUUGGAGAUGAUAAUGUUGGACCGGAGCGAGAUCCUAUAUGGACUUCUUGGAGCAAUGCAAUGCAUGCCCUUCAAGUAGGUGAUAUGGAUUCUGCUUAUGCUGAGGUUCUGUCUACAGGGGAUGAUCUCUUGCUUAUAAAACUAAUGGAUAGAUCGGGCCCUGUGGUUGACCAACUAUCAAAGGAGUUAGCAAAUGAGGCCUUGCAUGCUAUUGUGCAAUUUCUUCUGGAGCAGGAAUUGUUUGAUAUUUGUCUAUCCUGGAUUCAACAGCUGGUAGAAGUUGUGUUAGAAAAUGGACCUGAUGCACUGGGUAUUUCUACGGAGUUGAAGAAAGAGCUUUUGUUGAAUUUGCAUGAGGCAGCUUCCACAUUGGAUCCACCUGAGGAUUGGGAAGGUGUGGCACCUGACCAACUUCUAUUGCAGUUAGCAUCAACCUGGGGAAUUGAGCUGCAACAGUUUGAUAAGUAAUCUCUCCUGGUUUUGAAAUCUUGUGUUGUGCUUGCAAACUUCUUGAUGAGGAUACUGGUUCCAUGCAUUUAUUUUACAUGAAUGGCAGAUUAACAAAGCCUGCCUUGAAUCAGAGGGACAAGAGUACUGUAAAAAGGAUAAAAUGUUUGGAAGAUGAAACUAUAUCAAAGCACACCUGAAAGGUGUUUCAAUCUAAUGGUAUACCAUGUUGUGGUUAAGACAAUGGCUUAAUGAGGUCUGUUUGAAUCUUCUUGAAUAGAGCUUGAAAUUGUGAUCAACUGUUAACAUCGCUUGCAAAAUAUAUCCAGACAAAAACUUUGCCAUUUUCCAUGGCUUUAGGUCAUAGUUUACACGGAAAUAUGUUCCAUGCCGCUGAAAUCUGUCUUUUUACUUUAGUGAGGUUAAUUUUUAGGUAGGUACCAAACAGACUUAAGCCAGUCUAUAUGUUCUCUAAUAAACCUGACUCGUAUUUGGCGUCUUACAGA